AUGAGUCGGUUCCCACCAAACAAUAAUCCUCAGUUUAGUCCUAAUGGAAAAAUGCAAACCUUAAAUUUUAUUCAGGUUACAAAUGGACAGAGAGUUCCACACAUAGUUACUGGAGUAACUCAAGGUAAUUCUGUUAGUUAUCCACCAAAUUUUCCAAUGGUUGUAAGUGCUGGAAUACCAAUAACCACCCCAAAUCUUGGUCAAGGUCAUAUACCAACCACCUCACAAAUAAGACCAGUAGGUAUUCCAACUAUGCCUUUGGGUAAUAAUUUCCCUAUUCCAAUCCAAACAAAUUUACAUAUUCCAACAAAUAUUAAACGAACCCAACAAAUGGGGGCAUUAAAUCUUUCACAAAUAAAUCAACAAGCUCAGGUUAUUCAACCGAUGGGUGCAAGACAACAAUUUGCUGUACCACAAAGUCUAGAUAUGACAAGACAAAAUAUAGUGUCUCAACAACAAAAUAUGGGACUUCGUGGUCAUGGCGGAAUUGCAAUACGUCCUGUACCACAACCUAUGUCUCGUGGACAAGUAAUGCAAGCACGUGGAAUAACACCUACAAUGGUUGGCAAUCCUCAAAUGAGUAUCCCCAGAACUCCAAUGAUGAGGACAACGUAUGCAAGACCAACCACAACAGGAAUGCGUUUAGCACAACAAGCAACUGUAAGGGGAAUGGGAAUUCCACAACCAACAAUAAAAGUUGAACAACCACAACCUCAAAUGUUUGGAAAAAUAAUCAGUAAACAACAACAACCAAUAGAAAUUCGUCCUCCAAUCAUUAAUGAAGAAAAAAAACCUCAAAUUCCUUCAUCUGUACAAAAUAAAUUUAUUUAUCAAAAAACUGUAAAACAAGGUCCAAUUGAAGAUCUUCCUCCUUCUCCUUUACCUACACAAUCUCCUUCUGUUAUUCCUCAACACAUACAACAACCAAUCACUGCUAAACCAUCAUUAAUGGAAACUACUCCAAGUCCUCAUACACGUGUAGUUGAACCAAUAAAAACAAUUAAUGUAAACACACCAACUGUAAAUCAGGUUGCACCUACUCCACGACCUAUAAGUAUUCAACAACAUUCUGUUGGUUCCACACCAACACCAGUACCUGGAAUUGAUUUGCGUCUUGAGAAUUUUCCACAAAAUUUUAUUAAAGAAGUUCAGUCCAAAGCAAUUGGUUCCGUUUCUACUGUACCAAGAAAGAAAUCAGAAAAUCAUUCUGAAGAAUUAAAUCAACAAAAAAGAGAAAUAUUUAAAGAAGAAGUAGAAAAGUCAAUAGACAUGUCAUCUAUCCCAACUAUUCCAAAUUCAUAUCCAAAAUUUGAUGAAUUCUUUACUCAACUUCAUUUGUAUUGUUUAAAAAAUCCAUUUUUUUAUUAUGAAAUAGACAAUGAAUAUUUAUAUGUAAAAACUAGAUUAAAUGAUGAAAUAGAAAAUUUACAAUAUGGCUUUGAAUUUUUUAUUAAUGAACCUAGUCAUCAAAGAUUUCCAAUAAUUAAAAAAUUAAAUGGAGAACCUAUUCGUUUAAUGGAUUAUGGAAAAGAUGGAAUUCUUCCACAAACAGUUAAUGAUUUAAUGAAUGGGUUAUUUAAAGUAAUGAGAGAAGAAUUAAUGAGUUAA